CUUGAUCUCUUUCGCUGGUUGGGUAGCGGUACUGGCGGUCGCGGUUUCGUGUUGCGGGACGUUGAACUGAACUAGACAGAAUGGCCUUCGGCGACCUGAAGACUGAUGCCGGCGUGAGCAAGCUGAACGACUACCUGGAGCAGCGAAGCUACGUGGAGGGCUACCAGCCAUCGCAGGCUGACGUAAGCACGUACUCGGCGCUGAGCGGCGCCCCGUCAGCCGCCAAAUUCCCGCACGCCGCCCGCUGGUACCGGCACAUCGGCUCCUACUCCCAGCCAGAGCGGGCCGCGUUCCCGGGCCAGAAGAGCGCUUCAGCAGCUGCUAAGCCUGCUGACGACGAUGACGACGUCGACCUCUUCGGCUCGGACGACGAGGUUGAUGAGGAGGCCGAGAAGGCGCGUCAGGAGCGGCUCCAGGCGUAUGCGGAGAAGAAGUCGAAGAAGCCCGGUGUUAUUGCCAAGUCAAGCGUGGUGCUGGAUGUGAAGCCCUGGGACGACGAGACAGACAUGAAAGAGCUGGAGCGACUCGUGCGCACGGUCACCUGCGAUGGUCACAUGUGGGGCACGUCCAAGUUGGUGCCUCUGGCAUACGGCAUCCACAAGCUCCAGAUCGUCUGCGUCGUCGAAGAUGAGAAGGUCAGCAUUGACUGGCUCAUCGAAGAGAUCGAGAACUUCAAGGACCACGUCCAGUCGGUCGACAUUGCUGCCUUCCAGAAAAUCUGAACUGCCAAUAAAUGCUGCACCCUCGCU